GUCACACUGGCUGUGUCUGCGGACAUGACCGCACUGGUGAGCUGGCUGAUCCACGGAGUCUUUCAGCUUCUGGGAGGAGGCAGAGGAAUGGAGGGUGGCCACGUGUGUCCUGCUCCUUAGGAACUGUCAAAGAUGUAUCGGUCUGGUUUCCCUCACAGAUCGAGAGCAGAGAAAGGAAGUCUUGGUCUAGCGUGGUGAGUCCUUUUGCAUGGGCACAAAAGGUGUGUGCAUUCCAGUAGAGAUAUCAAACUAGUGAUGCUGUCUUGUCUGGAGCUUCCGCUGACUUGAUGACUCCCAAACUUCCACUCAGGCUGUGUGUGUCUUUACAAACUUGCAGACGAAGAAAGGUCUAUCUUAUUUUUAAAUUCAAUAUAAUCAUUGGUAACCCAGACUGAGAACCACGGCUCUAAAGCAUCAACAUUCACUGGAGUUAUUUCACUUUUCCAGAAGAUGCUUAGCAACAUCCGGAGAUACUUACGUUAUGGCAAUUAGAAAGGUGGUAUGAAGAACCAGCCCAACUUCAUUUUGUUCUGGGGAGCCAUUUUGAGUCUGUAGCUAAAUUCAGUUUCUGUUUACAGAAAGAUGAACAUGGAAAACAGGUUGACUCCUAGCAAUACCACCCACUUUCCUCCUAAGAAGACAGAAGACAGGCACAGAACAUCAUCCACACACAAUUUUUAUCAAAUGAAAGUGCUAACCACUGGGAAUAUCUGCCUUUCAUCUAAAAUCCUGAAGAUCUCCAGACAGAAUCGGCAGGAAUGGAUGGCCCAGCUGCUAAGGGCAAAGCAGGCUUGUCUUCCUACAGAUUCCUAACCCACAGGAUCUUCUGAAGCCUGUCCAGCCCUGGGCUAACAACGGAAGACAUAUGCAGUCCUGAAGCUCCUGUCCUCAAUGGCCAUGGAGGACCCUGAGGAGUGGCUCUAGGUAGCCAACCAAGCACUACGUGAGAGCAAGAUGGCCGAUGCGGCGGCCGGGCCUGGUGGCUCUGGAACGAGACCAGGAAGUAAGCAGUCCACUAACCCUGCUGAUAACUACCACCUGGCUCGGAGGAGGACUCUGCAAGUGGUUGUGAGCUCCUUGCUGACUGAGGCAGGAUUUGAGAGCGCCGAGAAAGCAUCUGUGGAAACACUGACAGAGAUGCUGCAGAGCUACAUCUCAGAAAUCGGGAGGAGUGCCAAGUCUUACUGCGAGCACACAGCCAGGACUCAGCCCACACUGUCGGAUAUCGUGGUCACACUGGUUGAAAUGGGGUUCAAUGUGGACACUCUUCCUGCUUAUGCAAAACGGUCUCAGAGGAUGGUCAUCACUGCACCUCCGGUGACCAAUCAGCCAGUGACACCCAAGGCCCUCACUGCAGGGCAAAACCGACCCCACCCACCACACAUCCCCAGCCAUUUUCCUGAGUUUCCGGAUCCCCACACCUACAUCAAAACUCCAACAUACCGUGAACCGGUGUCUGACUACCAGGUCCUGCGAGAGAAGGCUGCAUCUCAGAGGCGAGACGUGGAGCGAGCCCUCACCCGGUUCAUGGCCAAGACGGGCGAGACCCAGAGUCUUUUCAAGGAUGACGUCAGCACUUUCCCCUUGAUUGCUGCCAGACCUUUCACCAUCCCCUACCUCACAGCCUUGCUUCCCUCUGAGCUGGAGAUCCAGCAGAUGGAAGAGACAGACUCCUCGGAACAGGAUGAGCAGACAGACACAGAGAACAUCGCUCUUCAUAUCAGCACGGAUGGCCCCGGAGCUGAGAAGGAAAACGCUUCUGUCCUGCAGCAGAACUCCUCCUUGUCUGGCAGCCGGAAUGGGGAGGAGAGCAUCAUCGAUAACCCGUAUCUGCGCCCUGUGAAGAAACCCAAGAUCCGCAGGAAGAAGUCCCUCUCGUGAGCUGAGAAGGAAGCUGCCCUGUAAGUGAGAGGAUACCGCUUUCCUGGGGCCUGAGAUCAGAGGGAAGAAGAAAGUGGCGCCCUUUUGGCCUUGCCUGGGCUGUGUCUUUUUAGCAGUAGCCUUCUAUGAAGGCCACCCUGUUUGCAAACAGGCCGGAGUCUGCUGGUGACUUCAUUAAUUCAUCACAGGACUUGAUUCCUUUGAAACCUAGAGGGCCAGGGAAAUUGUUAGGAAGGAAAGGGUCCCCUGCUCUGUGCCCUGCCGGGAAGAUUGCCAAGUGUAUCUUCCAGACCACCUGGAUCUCCCUCGCUGAUCCACAAGAAUCAUGGCACUGAUUUACAGCCCAGAAUCUCAUUCUCACUUCUCUACACCCGGGCCCAGAUCCCUGCUGAGCCGGUAGACAGUGACUUUGUAUCCCUCAUCAUGUUGGAAACAGACCCAUGCUGCAACUCUGAUCUGGGGCUGGCAGGAGCUAGAAGUACAUGGGUUAAUAGAGAUAAUGACAGUGACCAUCAGAGUAGCCUUGAAUCUCUGACCAGCAUUUGAUUAAAGCUGACCACAGUGGGGCCAUCCCACCUGGAACGUGUACCUCGGAGCACCCUUUUGGGAAGGAUUGAGUUGGUUCUCCCAGGACUUGAUAGAGGAGCCAUGGAUGUUAAGCACCAGGGAGAGAGCUUAGCAGCUGGGGGUGGGACUUGUUUUGAGGGCUAGGCUUAGCUGAGAAAUCCAGCUAAUGGUGGAAAGCCACAUUCCCACUCACUGGAGAGAGUGGGUUGAAGGUCCUGCUGAGUCCAUGUGCCUGUCAAGAAGCAAGUCUGAAUCCGCCCACUCCCACCUCCCUGGAGAGAAGACACCAUCCCUCACUUUCCCACUAAUCGUGCAACAUGAUACUCAAGGAAGAUACUGGGAAAGCUGAUAUCUUUGGCUCGUUUUGAAAAGAGGGAUUGAAAAACCAAAUCCAAGGAAGAGUGGCAGGGGCACAUGGAAAUUGACAUAAAGUGGAUAAGUUGUCCUUGGAUUGGAGUGCUGAGCCCACAUAUAAUUUUUCUCUCUGUACUCCACCUUGGCUGCUGCUUUUCUUCCUCCUCGUCUUUCUCACUCUCUUACCCUGUGCCACGUGUUUUUGAGACAGGAGCUCACUCUGUAUUCCAGGCUCAGUGAUCCUCCUGCCACGUGCUGUGAACCACUAUGCCUGGCUUCCAGUAACUUGGCGGGGGUGGGGGGGAUCAACCUUCCUUCCUUGCUGCUCUCUAGAACCUUUGGUCUCUUUGCCUGGAGGAAAAAAAAACAAAACAAAACAAACAAAAAGCUCUGUGUCUGGAAUUGAAGAAAGAACAAGAGGUGGUGAGAAAAAUGAGCCUUUUUGGCUCUGGUCCAAGCAGGAGUAUUUUGAUGGUGACUCAGAACUUUGGGGUCAGAACAAGAAGACCGGGCUGUGUGGAUUCUGAGAGCUUGUGCUGUAGUUGGCAGGUCCUGGCCCAGUCAGUUGGAAUCCAGUCGCAGGGUCUAAGGAGCUGCCGCCCCUUGCUGUUCCUGAUGCUUCUAGCCAGCGUGUCAGUGUCUGUACUUCUGCACCAUGUCACUGAAGCCAAGCCUGUGGAGCGUGUUGUGUGAGCUGAGGGGGCUCUUGCUGCCCUUGACCGGAACUGCACCGCUGUGGUUGCUCUUAGAACAGAGAUGACUGGUGUGUUGAAGUGUAUAAUUCUCAAUGUAUAUCUAUAGAUUCCUAUUUUUUAUAAGUUGGGAGAGUCUAAGAGGGAAAAAUAAAGUGAUUUAUGAAAA